CCCCACGCCCGCAGAGGGAUGCGGUGCACCCCGAGAGCCCGGUGAGCUCCGAUCGCGGCGCGGCGCGGCGGCGGGGAUGGAUGAGCCGUGGUGGGAAGGGCGCGUCGCCUCGGACGUCCACUGCACCCUGCGCGAGAAGGAGCUGAAGCUGCCCGCCUUCCGUGCCCACUCCCCGCUCCUGAAGAGCCGCCGGUUCUUCGUGGACAUCUUGACCCUGCUGAGCAGACACUGCCAGCUUUGUCCCACGGCCCGGCACCUGGCGGUCUACCUGCUGGAUCACUUCAUGGACCAGUAUAACGUCACCACCUCCAAGCAGCUCUACACCGUGGCCAUCUCCUGCCUCCUGCUGGCAAGUAAGUUUGAGGACCGGGAAGACCGUGUGCCCAAGUUGGAGCAGAUAAACAGCUCGAGGAUCCUGAGCAGCCACAACUUCUCCCUCACCAAGAAGGAGCUGCUGAGCGCGGAGCUGCUGCUGCUGGGGGCCUUCGGCUGGGACCUCUGCCUGCCCACCUCCGCCCACUUCCUCGACUACUACCUCUUGGCCUCCGUCAGCCACAAGGACCACCACUGCCACACCUGGCCCACCCCCUGCCCCCGCAAGACCAAAGAGCGCCUCAGGGAGUGCGCACACUACUUCCUGGAGGUCACCCUGCAAGACCAUGUAUUCUACAAAUUCCAGCCGUCUGUGGUUGCUGCGGCCUGUAUUGGCGCUUCCAGGAUCUGCCUGCAGCUGUCUCCCUACUGGACCAGAGACCUGCAGAGGGUCUCCAACUACACCCUGGAGCAUCUCAGCACUUGUAUCGACAUCCUGCUGGUAGCGUAUGACAAUGUCCUCAAAGAUGCCGUCGCAGUCAAAAGCCAGGCAUUGGCCGUGGUGCCUGGCACGCCUCCCACCCCCACCCAAGUGCUUUUCCAGCCGCCCGUCUACCCUGCCCUCAGCCAGCCGUCGCCCACCACGCUGACCCGCUUCCAGAGCCCAGUGCAGGACUUAUGCUUGGCCUACCGGGACUCACUGCAGACCCACCGCUCAGGGACCUUGCUCUCAGGAGACGCCGUCCCUUCCCUCCAUGCCCCGUACCCCACCCUCCAUCCCCUGGAUGUGUGUCCCAUGCCCAUGCCCCCAUCCCUUAGCAUGCAGAUGGCCAUCGCAGUGGAGCCCAGGCACUGCAUGGCUGCCACCUACGGAAGCAGCUACUUCAGUGGAAGCCACAUAUUCCCCGCAGGCUGUUUUGACAGCUAGGCCACCUCUGGGCCCCGUGGGGAAGCCUGGAAGACCCAGGCAGAGGAAGUGAAUGCCAACAGGAGGGCUCGGGUGGGGCAGAGAAGCUGGUAGCCUUCCACGGAGAGGGGACAUGUGUGCUCUUUCUACAUAAGACCCACACAGAGCUGAACAUUCAGUGACAUACCUCACCCAGGAGCAUUCCACUGGAAAAAUCGUUUCCACAUGUGCCCGAGGGACAAAGCGAUGACUCAGUGGCUGUUCUGGUGUGCAGGGACCCAGUAAAUCAAGACAGACGUGGGAUGAGGCCAGGAGACAGCGGACUACUGUGCAUUCAGGUGUCUCUUCAGACCCUGUAAUGCUGAUGGCUCUGAAAAGAAGGGCCACCCUCCAUAUGCCCGGAAGCGCCAUGCGUGCUUUUCCCCCUCCGAUCCACACGGAGGGGCCCCGUGUCCGUGCCCGUGAGGCUCAGCGGGCUGCUGUCUUGCCUUUGUGUUUGAACGUAAAACCUUUUCUGGCCUUUUAGGGAGUUCACAUGCUGCUGCUUCCCCCCCAGAAAAUGAUCUAGCUUUCUGUUCCACAAAAUGUCUUGUUUACAUACUGUGUCAGGGAUUUGGUGAUACUUGAAAAUUCCUUAGGCAGGAAAAAAAAAAAAAGUUUUGUUGUUUUUUUUUUUUAAUUGUCACAUUGUCUGUCCCAUGUGAGGCCGUACCUUUCUAAUCCAUUGUGUGAUCUCCCUGUUCAGCAGACACCUCUCAGGCUCUCAGUUUCAGGCAAGUCCCUUGUCUGAGGUGCUGUGUGCAUAAUAGAACGUUGACCGCCUCGCAUCUGGUAAGCAGCUCCACCCUGGUUAGAGGAUGGAGAAGGUUGUUGAGAGGAAGGUGAGGGUCUGACCACCAACCGAGCCCCAGUGCUAAGCUUGGCCAGUGGCAAAGGAUAGCACUGUGGAGUAUCUGCCUCGUACUUCCCGCACUAAGAGAGUGGGGCUAUACAUCACAUCCGGACCCCAGCGUUGGCUGACGAGGGACUGGUUGCCGUGAAAGUCGGUAUUUGGAGAUUUGUGUGCAGGGGCUCUCAGGAAGACUGUCACCGUGUGCAAUAUGUUUUUACUCUGACUCAUAGCUUGUGCUCAGCAUGUUCUUUUGGUUGGCUUGCUGUCGGGCGACACAUUGUUCACCCGUCAGAACUGGGGCGGGGGCAAGAGACCACAGGAGCAAAUUUUGUGCUUUGUUUGUAAUG